AUGCAGUCGCAGCAGCAGCCUUCCACUUUCAAGCGCUUUGUCGAGGUCGGCCGUGUCGUCCUCGUCAACGACGGUCCCUCGGCCGGCAAGCUCGCCGUCAUCGCCGAGAUCAUCGACCACAACCGCGCCCUCAUUGACGGCCCCGCUACUGGCGUUCCCCGCCAGCAGUUCCCCUACCGCCACCUCAUCCUCACCCCCUACACCCUCGCCAAGCUUCCCCGCGCCGCCGGCUCCGGUGCCGUCAAGAAGGCUUUCGAGAAGUCUGGUGUUGAGGACAAGUGGGCUUCGUCCGCCUGGGCCAAGAAGCUCGCUGCCCGUGAGGCUCGCAAGCUGAGUUUCCGCACAAUGGUAGCUGACAUUCAGGCCACCACCGACUUCGACCGCUUCCAGAUCAUGAUCGCCAAGAAGCAGCGCAGGGAUCUCGCUCGCAAGGCUUACGCCAAGGAGCGCAAGGCUAACGCCUAA